AUGGGCAGCAGAUCAUCGCUAGCCGUGGACGGCGUCUCCUACCUGGUCCAUCCGCAAUCACUCCUCAAGAUAGCAGAGUCCACAGGCCUUGAACCGAUUCCUGUCGUUCUCCUUUCCAUCGGCGACUCUAUACCCUCAGUGAACGACGUCUUGCAGCUCAUCAAUCGCUUUGCCGAAGUUGACGAUGUCUACUCGCCAUCAUUCUCCCGUACCGCUGUCAUUCGGUCCAGCAGUGAAAGAAGUUUCAUGGAGAUGCUCAAAAAGUUUGAAGUUUCUGGCCACUUCUCCGCCGUGUAUCAUGUGUCACCGAGCUCGUCACAGGAUUGCCUUCCGGCUGGUCCAUACUUUCUCUGUGAUGGUGAAAUUCAUCAAGCCUAUCGCUUGUACGAGGACACUCUGGACAGCUUUAUUUUCGGAGUCAUUCCAGAUGAUGUCUUGAACCCGAAAAGGUAUACUCCUCUGAAUCUGCUCAGCUCCAAUGGACUGUGGAAGAGCAUCCCCGUCCCGAGCCGCCUUUACAAUGUCCGAACCUCCACAACUCCUCUUGCUGGUGCGCGCAUGGGCAUCAAAGAUAUCUUCCGUCUUGAAGGAACUCAGACAACCAUGAUGAGUAGGCCGUGGAUUGAGCUUUACGACCCAGACGAACAGAGCGCCGACUACACCAAGAAACUCAUAAACCUGGGAGCAGUGAUCGUGGGCAAAACAAAGAUGACCUCUUUCGCAUCUCCCGAGGAACCAACAGACCAGUGGGUUGACUUCCAUUGCCCCGUCAAUCCUCGUGGAGAUGGCUACCAGAGCCCAUCGAGCAGCUCCUCGGGGGCUGCAACUUCUCUAGCGGGUUAUGAAUGGCUGGACUUCUGUAUCGCGGGAGACUCUGCUGGCAGUGUCAGGGCACCGGCGCCUUGCAACGGCUUGUUCUCCCUUCGACCUAGCUUCGGCUCUACAUCGAUGAAUGGAAUACCAGUCAACUCACCCGCCUUUGAUACAGUCGGCCAGUUUGGUCGAAGCUUGGAUGAUCUUCACUUCAUUGUGUCACACACCUUUGAGAACAUUCACCAGACUUUCUCCGAAUUCCCGACCAAGAUACUCAUUCCUAAAGAAUUCUACCCCUUGACCAACGCAGAGCAACAGGCUAUGACUGAGGAGUAUGUCAAAAUACUCGAAGACUUUCUGGGUGUCAAGAGAACCCCUUUCAGCUUUGUUGAGGAGUGGGAGAAGAAUCCUCCUAAGGCAGCUGGGGGUCUUCCAUUGCUGGAAUACACUGAAAAGAGCGCUUUUUGGUCGUUGUGCUACGACUACUAUCAUGGAUUCGACAGCUGCCGUGACGAAUAUAGCGCCAAGUUUGGCAAGAAACCCUUCGUCAGCUCAGUCGUGAGAUUCCGAUGGGAUGUUGGAAAAGAUGUUACCUUCCAGGAGUACGAGACAUACAUGAACCAACUGGAGGUUUUCAGAAACUGGUUCACUGAGAACGUCAUGGGUCCCGACCCUAAGACUCUCUCCAACGGCAUCCUCAUCAUGCCCUACGGAGAACCCCACCCAGAGUACCGCGAUGAGGCAAACCCACCUGCUGGGACCUUCCCUACUAUCGCAGAGAAGUUCAUCUCGCCUAUUCUACAUGCUCCCCAACUCGUGCUACCAUUUGCUCAAAUGCCGUACCUCUCAAAGAUCAGCGGAAGAUCAGAGAUGCGACCCAUUGCUAGCACUAUGAUAGGAGCCAAAGGAAGUGAUCUGAUGCUCAUCAAGCUUGCCACUGAGGCGUUCAAGAAGGCUGGCUGGCCUACAAGCAUCCAGACGGGUCGCUAUAUGUACCCUGUUGCUGAUAAUGCGAGGAAUGUUGGCUCAGUGCCUACUGACAGACUCCUGACGUUUGAGAUGAGACAAACCGUUUGGGAGACACUCGGAGCGUCUGGCGAUAAUAUCGACGACUAUGGUGAAAGCAACACUUCCGUGUGCAACGUCAUCUAG